AUGGCCAACACAAUCACAACGACAAGUUUUCUAACACCGUUCCACUUCCAUUCCCCUCGUUGUUCCAUUCCCACACCCAAUUCGGCUAAAGCUUUUACAGUUCCGAGGAGAAAAGCAAUAUCCUUAAUCUUCUCAACUUACAUUCUCUCCGACAUUGGUACAACAUUAGCUCAACAACAACAACAACCUCGUAGGUUCCGAGAAUAUGUAGAUUCAUUUGAUGGCUAUUCGUUUAACUACCCAUCUAAUUGGAUUCAAGUUCGAGGUGCUGGUGCUGAUAUUUUCUUCAGGGAUCCUUAUAUUCUUGAUGAGAAUAUUUCGGUUGAAGUUUCUUCACCUUCGUCUUCGAAAUUCAAGACUGUGGAAGAUUUGGGUCCGCCGGAAGAAGCUGGGAAGAAAGUUCUUGGUCAAUAUCUUACUGAGUUUAUGUCUACUAGAAUUGGUGUUAAACGUGAGUCUAGUAUUCUUAACACUACUUCUAGAGUUGCUGAUGAUGGUAAAUUGUACUAUCAAGUUGAGGCGAAUAUAAAGUCCUAUGCCAGUAACAAUGAGCUUGCUGUUAUGCCACAAGACAGGGUGGUUCGGUUGGAAUGGGAUAGGAGGUACUUGUCUGUUCUGGGAGUUGAGAACAAUCAACUGUAUGAGUUGAGGUUACAGGUGCCAGAAAAUGUGUUUUUGGAGGAAGAGAAUGAGCUUCGUCGAGUUAUGGAGUCGUUUCGAGCGAAUAAGAUUCUUCGUUAG